AUGGGCGGCAAGAGGGCAGCGCCGAAGGGCGCGGCGGUGGCGAAGGCGUCGCCAGAUGCCGCUAGCAGGGCGACCACAGAGCUGCAGCCAGCCAAGAGGACCAAGAUUGCGACCAAGAAGGCGACCGUGCCGGCGGGCGUGAUGAACAGCGACAUCAUCCAGACGAUCAGCAGCAUCGAGCAACGCAUCAAGGACCACGCCGUCUUCCAGGGGGUCUCCAAAGCUCCACCUCUGGAGCUCGUGCAGAGGGCUGACCCUGAGAACCCUUUGGAAUGGGGAUCAGCAGCGGGAUUUGACCCUGCCGCGUUCAAGAGGGCGAUUGCAGCAAAAGGAGAGUACCGAUGCAAUCGCUCAAUCUUCGUGUUCAAGACAUUGCAGACCUCCACCAAGAAGACGCCCAUCCAGUGGAAGAAGGUCGUGAUGCUGAAGGAGCAUUUCUGGGGCCAGCCGCCUACAAAUUGUUUCACAGAUGCCAUGACGUUCUGUGGAGCUGUUCGCACAGACGAAGACCCUGACACAAUGCAUGGUGAGGUUCAGCUGAUCAGUCCCAUCGAAAUGACGUGGUCUUUACUGCUGGCAGUCGAUGAGGCGAUCGCUAAUGGGGAGCCUGAGGAGGUGCUGCUGAAGUGGUGCUCUACGCUGGUCAGCGUCCCUUGCCGCUUCAUCAUCAGCGACAACCAGAGCGACCGGUACUGGAAGCACAUGCAGACCAGGGAGGACAUCGCGCAACUAGGCGCGAUGGUGAAGAGGACAUCCGUGGAGCGCGGCUUCGACGUCAUGGAGGCCAAGGAGAUGGCGGAGGAUGGGAAGGGCGGCGUCACGCUCAGCGCCAGUGCCUGCUCUGAGCUCUGGAAGAGCAACGUGAGGUUGGCCCACAAUUCAGAGCCUGUCAAGCCGGCGUUCGUAGAUGCAGUAUUCACGGUUUUUCAGCGCUUGAUGACCGACGACGUGUGCAAGCAGAUGGUUCUAGCUUCGGAGGUCGACUUCGAGGGUGCGUUCACGAUGUGCAAGCUCGAGGCGGUUGUGAAGCGAUGCGGCUCCAUCGAGCUCAUCAGGUGGACCGUGUCCAUGUUGUACCACCAGCUGCAGAACGGGGAUCUACUGCCUACGGACCUUUCGCUCAGGCAAUAUACGGGCCGCGGUAAUCCUGGCAACAAGGGUAUCUUGGACUUGGUGGUCGCCAAGCACGAGGUGGCGACCUUCAUGGCCGAGGACGCCAAGUCCCGCUCUUUCGACGAGCAGGAGAAUCAUCGCGUCUGCCCGCCUGGGCUGGCGGGUAGACUGGAUGAGUCUCCCGACGUAAGGCUUUGGGAGAACACCGUCGUGGGCCACGUGCGCGACAGCCAGCUCAAGGCGUGCAAGAUCGCGGGGAACCCGCUCUCUGAGGGCUUCUUUGGGAAGUCGCCGUUCAAGGAUGCGAUCGAGGGGGUCUACUCGGAGCUGGAGAAGGAGGAUCUGGGGAAACCUCGAGUGCAAGGAGACGGAGAGAUCACCCUCAAGGAUGUCGAGAAGGCGAGCGAGGAUGCAUCUGGUUCCUCGACGAUCAUCACCAUCGGCAUGGGCAACACCAGUGCGAGCGCAGAUGAGCUGGCCAAGUGGACCGACUACGCCCGGAAGAUCUACUCUACGCGCGUCAAGCUUGUGGUGGACCCUGGUUCGGCACAAGGCGUCAGCGAGGUCAUCAAGAUGUCGGCCCUGAGCAACGUGGCGGACAAAAUCAAGUCGACGACGACGCUCAUCCCUGUCAUGUACGACCAGAAACUCGCUGGCAUGGCAUCGGCUAGAAGCCAUAUCCGCAUCGUCCCCUUGCGCGAAGGCCACUUGAGCUACAUGGUGAAGGGCGUUUUGAAGGCCACUGCCCCUCUGAACCAGAUGCCGAAGACCCACGCCUUCUACAUCCUCGACGGCACCGUGCAUGGGAACGAGGCGAAAGUCGCGAGAGCGUUCCAGGGGGAAGACGGCAAGGCCAUUCCCAAGGAGAAACGCUUGCAGUACGUGAUGUCGACGGAAUCGUCGCUGCGCAAGCGGCGGUCCAUCGUCAGGGGCAGCUCGCAACUUCCACUGGUUGAGUACUGCAAUAUCUUCACGCACCCGGAGACGGAGUUUCAGGAGAAGGACCGCGUCAAGUGCGCUGGUACAACCAAGGGCGAUGUCCUGGGGCCCUUCGACGUUCCCGACAACAGCAAGGAGAACGUUUGGCACGUGCAGCACUCCAAGAAGCUCAAGAUGUACGCAGCAGGCUUCAUCGAAGUCGGCAAGGCAGUUGCGGGCGACAUCCCUGAGGACGACCCCGCUCCCAAGCAGGCAGAGCAGGUCCCGUUCUGCUACCACGGCAACUCGCAGGACCUCUACAAAGAGCUCGGCCACGCGGUCUCGGCGCCAGGAUGGAUUGAUUUGACCUGCUGCGACGGAGGCUUGGCAUUGCACUGUAUCAAAGAGAAGAAGCCGUACCUUGGCUUCUGCUUCUCGCAAGAUCACCGCGAUGCUCUGGAGACCUACCUCAUCGAUCAGAUAUUCAAGUGCUUCCAGCGGGCAGACGACGAGCUGCACGAGCCUGACCUGGCCAAGCUCUUCAAUCAGAAGGAUGACGACGACGAGCCGAAGAAGGACCCCGCCAAGCCCAAGAGCAAGCCUAAGGGCAAGCCUAAGGGCAAGCCCAAGGCAGGAGCGGCUGCCUUGUCUAAAGCCGAGCUGCUCAACAAGCUGCAGGAGCUGGACGACAACGAUGGCCCCGACGGCGAGGGUGACGAGGGCGAUGAGGAUGACGAGCAGUGA